GUGUGAACCCAGCUUACAAUAAUGUUGCGAUUGUGUUUUGUUAUCUUGGGGGUGGUUUUGGCAUCGGAAGCUGGGUAUCUAGGAGGCCAAACAAGUGUCACCAACAUUGGAUACACAACACACCACGCUCCGGUUUACGGACACUUCGGGGGCGGCUACGGGGGCGGCGGUUUUUCGAGUUCGUACUCGACGGUCGCCCACCACGGGGGCGGGUACGCCGCCCCAGUCGCCGCCCCAGUGGCCCAUCAUUUAGGCGGCGGGUACGCCGCCCCAGUGGCCCAUCAUUUCGGCGGCGGUUACGUCCCAGUGGCUCCCCAACCGCACUACUACGAGGAGCAUUACGACCGGCCUAAAUAUGAGUUCAAAUAUGGAGUUGAAGAUUUGCACACAGGAGAUAAGAAGACGCAGCAUGAAGUUAGAGAUGGGGAUGUAGUUAAGGGGCAGUAUUCUCUGGUAGAGCCUGAUGGGUCUAUCCGGACUGUCGAAUACACAGCAGACCCCCAUCAUGGGUUUAAAGCUGUGGUACAUAAGUCUGGUCAUGAGUCGGUGGCUUAUGGGCACCACUGAUUAGAGUUUCAUUUUUGUACUAUUUGUAUAUAAACAUCCAACAAAAUAAAUUAUACAUUUCUAAAA